AUCUUGCGUCCAUGGUACAAAUUAUUAAUAAUUCCCUGUACUUCUUUCUUUGGCUCACCGUUUCCGUACACACACGAGUCCUCAGUGACCCGAAGCCUCGGCCAUUUCGUAACGAGAUCCUCAGCGGAAUUAAUAAUGGAAAAUUCAAAAGCGGACUUAACCUCCGGCCACGUGCCGAAGAAAUUGACCCAAGAGGAAAUUAACAAAAUGCGUGCGCAGGAUUCGCGGUUGGUGCCGGAAAAUCGGGCAUUGAUGUUAGAAAAAGAUGCUAAAAAAUACUGGGAUUUAUUUUACAAACGUAACGACACGCGGUUUUUCAAAGACCGCCAUUGGACGACACGUGAAUUCGCGGAAUUAGUGACUAUGAGUUCCCGCGACGGAUCAAUAUUUGAAGUCGGAUGCGGCGUCGGGAAUUUAAUUUAUCCCUUGUUAGAAGACGGAUUAAAUUUUAAACGUAUAUAUGUCUGCGAUUUAUCUCCGCGAGCUAUCGAUUUUGUCAAGACCCACAGUCUCUAUGAUGAGAAUAAAAUAAAAGCAUUUCAAACUGAUGUUACUACGGAUAAUUGUUUUUCACAAGUCGAUCAGCACGUGGACGUCAUUACCUUGAUAUUUGUUCUGUCCGCCAUUCAUCCGGAUAAAUUUAAUAUGGUCGCUAAUAAUUUAUUCAACUGUAUGGCCAAGGACGGAGUCCUUUUAUUCAGGGAUUACGGACUCUAUGACAUGGCGCAGCUGAGGUUCAAACCGGGACACAAGAUUGCUGAUAACUUCUACAUGAGACAAGACGGAACGAGGAGUUAUUACUUUGCUACGGAAGAGGUCAAGAGCAUUUUCGAGUCGGUUGGCUUCGAGACGCUGACCUGCGAGUACGUGAACAGGCGCACGGUCAAUGUCAAAGAAAAUGUCGAUGUCCCGCGGAUUUUCGUUCAAGCGAAAUUCAAAAAACCUUGAGCAUGAACUCGAGAUGGGCUGAAUAAAUUGUCAAAAGUGGUCUCUAUUGUCAGAACCGAAAAUAAUCGCAGUCACCCAGCGUCAAAAAUGAUUACCAGACCUGAAGCAAUAAUAGACGGGUUACAAUCCAUCCUACCCCAGGGGCAAUUAAAUAUCAGAUUUCCAGAGCAUAAAUAAUUUAAAAUUUCCGGAAAAAGAAAUGAAUUAAGAGCUGAACCCGCUCGCUUGACCGGACCGUCAAUUAUUAAAUAAAACGGUGUCACAACCUCAGAUCUCUAGCCAGUCCAUCAGCUCCAGUACCCGAAAUCGAUCGCGGCUUCAAACCUGCGCAGCUGAAACAUUCACUCGGUUCUCUGGGAAUUGGAAUAAAUAAAAUGAUUAUUAAUUUAUAUAAAUAUAAGUAAUAAUUUAUUCACCUUGAGUUUGACGUCUUCUGUGGAUGGAAUUACCCAGAGGACAUCUUGUACAAUAAAUACAUAAAAACAAUAUAAAUACAG